CUCCCUCGGUGUGUGAGUCCGUCUGGCAAGGUUUGGCGCAUCAGCGGAGAACAGGAGAGAGAGAGAGGACGUGAUUUGGAGCUGCGGUUCUUUCCCUAGAUUCUGCGAGCGGUGGCCUCCCGCUUUCGGACGCACGACUCCUUUUGGAAUUGUCUCUUUGCUGCGAACUUCCUUGACUAUUCCACACCGGCAAACCGCACUAUUCUGAACACCCAUUCCAUUGAUAGCGGUCCAUUAAGCGCAGCAAGAGCAGAACAGAGAAGAUGUCUGGGCAAGGCUAUCAGGGCAAGAAGAACAUUCCCCGCAUUACAAGUGACCGUCUCCUGAUCAAAGGGGCGAUAAUCGUGAACGAUGACCAGUCCUUCUGUGCUGACAUCUACAUGGAGGAUGGUCAUAUCAAACAAAUUGGCGAGAACUUGAUAGUGCCCGGUGGGGUGAAGACCAUCGAUGCCCACGGGCGCAUGUUGAUGCCAGGGGGCAUUGAUGUGCACACACGCUUCCAGAUGCCCGACCGGGGCAUGACCUCGGUGGACGACUUCUACCAGGGCACCCGCGCCGCUCUGGCAGGGGGCACUACCAUGAUCAUUGACCACGUGGUUCCGGAACCCGGGGUCAGUUUGCUGUCUGCCUUUGAGCAGUGGCGUGAGUGGGCGGACAGCAAGUCGUGCUGUGACUACUCUCUACAUGUGGACAUCACUGAGUGGCACAAGGGAGUCCAGGAGGAGAUGGAGGCCCUUGUCAAGGACCACGGUGUCAACUCUUUCCUUGUCUAUCUGGCUUAUAAGGAUGUUUUCCAGCUUGCUGACUCUCAGGUCUAUGAGGUGUUCAGUGUGAUCCGGGACCUGGGGGCCAUCGCUCAGGUCCAUGCUGAGAAUGGAGACAUUGUGGCUGAGGAGCAGCGUCGUAUCCUGGAGCAGGGCAUCACUGGACCUGAGGGACACGUCUUGAGCCGUCCUGAAGAGGUGGAGGCAGAGGCUGUUAAUCGUUCUGUGACAGUAGCCAAUCAGACCAACUGUCCCCUCUACGUCACUAAGGUGAUGAGCAAGAGUGCUGCUGAUGUCAUCGCUCUGGCCAGGAAGAAGGGCACGGUGGUGUACGGGGAGCCAAUCACUGCCAGCCUGGGCACAGACGGCUCACACUAUUGGAGCAAGAACUGGGCCAAGGCCGCCGCCUUCAUCACGUCCCCGCCCCUCAGCCCAGACCCGACCACGCCCGACUAUCUCAGCUCCCUGCUCUCCUGUGGAGACCUUCAGGUGACUGGCAGUGCCCACUGCACCUUCAACACUGCCCAGCGCGCCGUGGGCAAAGACGACUUCACCCUCAUCCCCGAGGGUACCAACGGCACUGAGGAGAGAAUGUCCCUCAUCUGGGACAAGUGUGUGGUGACAGGCAAAAUGGAUGAGAACCAGUUUGUGGCGGUCACCAGCACCAACGCUGCUAAGAUCUUCAACCUUUACCCCCGUAAGGGCCGCAUCGCUGUGGGCUCUGACGCCGACCUGGUCCUCUGGGACCCAGACAUCACCAAGAUCAUCUCAGCCAAGAGCCACAACUCGAAUGUGGAGUACAACAUCUUUGAGGGUGUGGAGGUGCGUGGCGCCCCCAUGGUAGUGAUCAGCCAGGGUAAGAUCGUCCUGGAGGAGGGGAACCUCCACACCACCGAGGGGUGCGGCCGCUUCGUGGGCCGGAAGCCCUUCUCGGACUACGUCUACAAGAGGAUAAAGGCCCGCAGCAGGCUGGCUGAGCUAAGGGGUGUUCCCCGGGGGCUGUAUGACGGGCCUGUCUGUGAAGUGUCAGUCACACCCAAAACUAUGACUCCUGCCUCCUCUGCCAAGAACUCUCCAGCCAAGCAGGCAGUAGCCGGCGCCCAGCCUGUCCGCAACCUGCACCAGUCAGGGUUCAGCCUAUCUGGUGCUCAAGUUGAUGACAACCUUCCUCGGCGUAACACCCAGCGCAUUGUGGAGCCACCUGGUGGCAGGGCCAACAUCACCAGCCUGGGUUAACCCCUCCCAUUGGCCACCAGGGGAAACGAGGGCUUGAGGAGAGGGGCAUCAGGGACUAGGGGCCAUUCCACCAGGAGCCAAACCAAUUCUCCCCUCCUCAAUCUCUUUCCCCCGUCUCACGCUCUGUACAUCUCUCCCCCACUCUCUCUCCCCCGACACCCCACUAUAAAGGAGACGCCUAUAAAAAAAAGAUUUGCCUCAUUGGAAGAAAAAAAAGAGACGAAAACAACAGCCCAUAUUUGAGCACUUUUGACUGUAUUAUUUAGUGUUCUCUACUGUACUUUCUUCCUGCCAUGUAUCAUUCAGUUUAUUUUUUGAUGUUCAUAGUAGAGGGGUCAAGUGAGACUAGACUGAGCAGUUUUAACACGGCCAAAAGGUCAAGACAGUGCAUGUCGCAUUUGCAUGGAGGAAGUCCUAUCUGUUUCCGUUCCGUCUUUUUUCAUUUUCAAUGUAGGAUAAAUGGAGUACGGAGACACAUGGGUGACAUGUUCUACAUCAGAUUAGUUGCGCUAACAUUAUGUAGUGAACAAACAUGGAAGAGAUAAGUCGCUUAUCCUUUCCUCAAUAUUGAUAUAUUCACUGGUGUGUUUGUUCUCUACUGUUUAUACAGCCUGCCCUCCACUGUGCUCGUUCUUUCCCACACGGUUCCCAAGAUCAGUACAGCACUGGCUACCAUCAACACAAUUCAUUGACUUGUCCAUUGUUAUUGUUUAAAGCUGGCAGUAUGCCAUCCUCGUCCUCCGGGUUACGGGAUGAGGCAUGAGAUUAGUAGUAAGCCGAACUACUGUUGAAAACCUUAAAGGAGCUUCUGACUGGUGCUCAUCUCAUGUCAUCCCACCAGUAGCUUUGUUUAAAGGAAUACAUGGACUGAAAAAACAUGGUCCAUAUUUGGAAGCUGCUGGUGAGCCAGGAAAGUCCAGUAGAUUAGAGGAGAAGGGGUUUUGGCAGGCUGUGAAUAGAGCGCUGUAUGUGUGUCUCCCAGGGAGCGGCCAUCAUGGAACUUAACGGCCCAUGAGAGGAGAUGUGACUCAAAUGUAGGAUGUUGGGAGGAGUGUAACCGGGUCGGCAGCGAAGGAAGGGAGAUUUGUCAGAAUACUAGGGAAUGCCCAAUUCUUCAUAGCCUCGUUCAACUCACCCUCUUUGCAAGAUGGUGCCACACUCGUACUCAGCUACGCUAUAGUACAGUAUGUGCCCAUAUGCCUCGCCUGAAGGGGAUUGUGGUCUAUCACUGUAAUGGGAUCUUUGAGAUUCAUACACCAUUUAAUUGACAGUGUUGCAGGCAGCAUCCCUCCCUCCUGUUCUAGAAUGUUCCAGUACCAACCAGUGCAUUCAGAAGACUGAAUGUCUUUCUGCUCCCGGCCUCCUCUUUUUAAUUCAUGCACUCCCCUUUUCCUUUUUAACUCUUUAUGUGCCUGAACCCACAGAAGUUGGACUGAUAGUUCGAUUUUGUAUUAUUCUUAUGAUGGUAAGAUAAAAAUGUAAAAUAGCUGAUGUUAACCGAUACAAAGGUGCCAGAUUUUGUUAUUUCGUAUUCCACUGAUAGUGCUCCUUUAAAAACAACCAUGCUUACUUAAUAUGUUCUAAUGUUUUAGUUUUUAACUGUUCCUAUAUUUGGUGUCAUUCUGUAAGUAAGUGGCCUGAGGCUGAACACUAUUCAUCUGAGCUUGAAAGUAGACAUGGAGUAAUGUAUAUCUAACUAGUGUGCAGUGUUAAUGUGUAAGGGAUGGGACACACACUGGUCCCAGUGCACCACUCCUUGGGUCUCAGACCUGGAGUGCUGGUAAUGGCCCUUCGUUUUGCACGGUCUGGUUUUCAUUAAGGCAAAGCAGUCUGGCAGCUGUUUUUCUACCUUCACUCGCAUGUCAGCGAGAUUCUGGCCUAGAAGUCGCUGUUCUGCAGUGUUUCGCCUUUUCCUCUCCAUGACUCAACACAGAGCAACACACUCACACUGUGACGGACGCACUCACUCACACUGUGACGGACGCACUCACUCACACUGUGACAGACGCACUCACUCACACUGUGACAGACGCACUCACUCACACUGUGACAGACUCACUCACACUGUUAGACACACGCACUCGCACGCAUGCACUCACAGAACAAGGGGUGUCUGUAUGUCCUUCCAGCACUGUGCUGUGUCUUGGACCCUUGGUUUUCCUGGCUGUGUUAAGGUCUCAUAGGAAGCCCUUAGAAGGUAGAGUCUCUUUCAGGGUAGUAAUGGUAUCUGUGUAUAAGGAAUCCAUAGCAGGGAAAUUAAAGUUUGACACUUCAAUGUGACGACCUACAGGGAAUGAGAUUAGACGGGGAUGGGAGGGAGGUCGGCUUGUUAGUGUUCAAUCACUCAGGUGAAAGAGUCAUUCCAGUCAGGGUUUGGAUGAUCUAAUGCAGCCAGAUGACUAUAUAUCAGAAUUGUGUAUAUGCAUACAGUACCAGUCAAAAGUUUGGAGACACCUACUCAUUCAAGGGAUUUUCUUUAUUUGUACUAUUUUCUACAUUGUAGAAUAAUAGUGAAGACAUCACAACUAUAAAUAACACAUAUGGAAUCAUGUCGUAACCAAAAAAGUGUUAAACGAAUCAAAAUAUAUUUUAUAUUUGAGAUUCUUCAAAGUAGCCACCCUUUGCCUUCUUGAAAGUUUUGCACACACUUGGCAUUCUCUCAACCAGCUUCACCUGGAAUGCUUUUCCAACAGUCUUGAAGGAGUUCCCACAUAUGCUGAGCACUUGUUGGCUGAUUUUCCCUUACUCUGCAGUUCAACUCAUCCCAAACCAUCUCAAUUGGGUUGAGGUCGGGUGAUUGUGGAGGCCAGGUCAUCUGAUGCAGCACUCCAUCACUCUCCUUAUUGGUCAAAUAGUCCUUACACAGCCUGGAGGUGGGUUGGGUCAUUGUCCUGUUGAAAAACAAAUGAUAGUCCCACUAUGUGCAAACCAGAUGGGAUGGCAUAUCACUGCAGAAUGCUGUGGUACCAAUGCUGGUUAAGUGUGCCUUGAAUUUCAAAUAAAUCACAGUGUCACCAGCAAAGCACCAUCACACCACCUCUUCCAUACUUCACAGUGGGAACCACAUAUGUGGAGAUCAUCCGUUCACCUACUCUGCGUCUCACAAAGACAUGGCAGUUGGAACCAAAAAUGCAAAUUUAUACUCAUCAGACCAAAGGACAGAUAUCCACCUGUCUAAUGUUCAUUGCUCGUGUUUCUUGGCCCAAGCAAGUCUCUUAUUAUUAUUGUUGUCCUUUAGUAGUGGUUUCUUUUCAGAAAUUUGACAAUGAAGGCCUGAUUCACACAGUCUCCUCUGAACACUUGAUAUUGAGAUGUGUCUGUUACUUGAACUCUGUGAAGCAUUUAUUUGGGCUGCAAUUUAUGAGGCUGGUAACUCUAAUGAACUUAUCCUCUGCAGCAGAGGUAACACUGGGUCUUCAUUUCAUGUGGCCCCCAUGAGUCAGUUUCAUCAUAUCACUUGAUGGUUUUUGCGACUGCACUCGAAGAAAAGUUCUUGACAUUUUCCAGAUUUAUUGACAUUCAUGUCUUAAAGUAAUGAUGUACUGUCGUUUCUCUUUGCUUAUUUGAGCUGUUCUUGCCAUAAUAUGAACUUGGUCUUUUACCAAAUAGGGCUAUCUUCUGUAUACCCACCCCUACCUUGUCACAACACAACUGAUUGGCUCAAAAGCAUUAAGAUGGAAAUAAAUUCCACAAAUUAACUUUUAACAAGGCACGCCUGUUAAUUGAAAUGCAUUCCAGGUGACUACUUCGUGAGGCUGGUUGAGAGAAUGCCAAGAGUGUGCAAAGCUGUCAUCAAGGCAAAUGGUGGCUACUUUGAAGAAUCUCAAAUAUAACAUAUUUUGAUUUGUUUAACACUUUUUUGGUUACUACAUGAUUCCAUAUGUGUUAUUUCAUAAUUUUGAUGCCUUCGCUAAUAUUCUACAAUGUAGGAAAUUGUAAAAAUGAAGAAAAAUCCUUGAAUGAGUAGGUGUGUCCAAACUGUACUGUCUGGCACGUAAGAUUAAGGCUGGGACAAGUCUCCGCCCUCACAUGUGAAGAGUAGGCUACAUGGCUGAGCAAAAACUCUCUUUAUUUUCUCUUUGCCUCUUCACUUUUAUAUCAUUCUCAUUGAGAUAUUAUGGUCAUCAUUAUUCAUAUUUUGGUUAUUGUUGUGAUUAUUUUUGUCAUUGUUAUUUUACUUGUUCUUCUCAUCCCAUGGAAAAUCCUGGCCAAUGUAUUGGUAUUUUUUCAGCGUGAGUCUCUUGCUUGCUUGGUGUUGGACUGCAUUUCUCUCAAACGGAGGGGGACGCAGGGUUAACAUGAUUCAUACCUCUACUCCCAUAGACUGGAGGGUGGAGCAAGGGGCCUGCCAAAGCACAAAUAAGAUCUGUCAGCCAGGAGCGCAUGAGUCCUCCUGAGACUCAAAGUAUGUCUGCUCUUUUCUACCCCGAUAUUUCUCUCUCCCUCUUUCUCUCUCCCUCUCUCUCUGUGUCUCUCUCUCUCUCUCUCUCUCUCUCUCUCUCUCUCUCUCUCUCUCUCUCUCUCUCUCUCUCUCUGUGUCUUUCUCGCUCUCUCUCUCUUCCAUUGUUGCCCUCUGUUGCCUUGACUACGAGGCCCUUGAGUCACACUAGGCCCCGAUUUUUGUUUGUCAUGGCAACGCUUGUAAGAUCGGAAUUUCCCCAUAGCAACCCAUUCGGACCUGGUGCUACUAGAAGAGCAUGGUGUCUGUGGCAGACUAGCUGUACGGAAGCCAUACACUCUGUAGAACUCUUUCCACACACACAUUUUCUUCCCAAACCUGCUGUUCUAAAAAUGAACUGCUGCUGCAGAAUCACACUGUUUCAGUGUGUCACCGUCUGUAUAUAAGCUUUUGGUUAGUUGGGUGGGAUCCACAUACCUCUGCUGACCCAGGAUUCGUUGGCCCUUGAAUUGAGUCUUUAAGAGGGCACCACAAGCUUCACUUCACAGCAUUUACGCAGAGUUCCUCUACAAGGCCACAGAUAUCUACCAGUCACCCAACGCUGUGGUGGAGCACCCAUGCCUAAAGCAUUGACUCAGAUAUUAUUGUGUCCCCACAAUAUACUGUAUACACACAAGCCCCAUAUACACACAAGCCCCGUUUUAUACCUGGUUCUAACUUUUGUCCUGAUCUUGUACACAUUCAGAUUGUGCUCACAUUUUUUGACAGGUGUCUGGAUAUCUUACAAGUGUAGACAGAUCUAGACAGAGAAACCAUUUAAAUAAUUAUUCUGCCCUCUGAAAUCAUUGACAGUUGGCAGCAUUGACUGAUUACAUCAAGUAAUCAUGAUUACAUAAAGUAAGGGACCAGAAAAUCUUGUCACAAUGCAGACACAGUGGACAGAUAACAAACACAUUGUAAUACCAUGUGUAGACACAUGUCUGGAAAUGUGGGCACAAUCAGAAUGUAGGCGAGAUCAGGACAAAGCACCCAUGUUAGCUCCAAGUACAGUAUAAACAGGGCUAUAGACACACACAUGCAAGCAUUCACACAGACACACACAUUCCUUCUUCUUGCUCUUGUCAGUUUGGAUGUUUUUAUAUGCCACACUAAUAUGUGAUGCAAGCGAAACACAGAUGGAGAGUUUUAGGUUGGAGGUUGAUAAUGCUGUUCAAAUCCCACCCCACACCCCUGUCCUCCCCCUCCACCUAACCCCCUCCGAUAGUGAAAGUGAAACUGUGUGAUGGUGUUUGUCUUGAUGGCUGUGGGGUUUUGAGGAUGCUUUGCUCUCUAUGGAAAGUGUCAAAUCCCAUGGAUGGUGAUGUAAAAACAAUAACCAAAACAAAUAAAGAUCAAAAACAAAACUCA